AUGAAUUUUAGAAAUUUAUUCGACCAAAUAUGCCUUCAGUUUCAAUUAACUGUAGAUAACGAAUUACAGAGUUCGAUGAAUAAAAAGAUCUAAAAUUAAAAUAAUCCACUAAUUUUGCCAUCCAUGGAUAUUAACUUAACAAUAUUUCCACUUAAUGAACAAACUAAAAGAAAAUCAUUGCAAUUAAGCAUGAUUUAAAUUGUGAUCUUCCAAAACCAAAGACAAUUUGCUAUGUCAACUAUUCUAAAAUAUCGUUUAAUAAAUAAAGACCAACUUCUUAUUAUUAUACAGAUGAUUAGAAGGCAACAUAAACAUACUUAUAUUUGGAGUACACUAUAUUUAAAAAAGACCUGA